AUGAAAAAAAUAAUACUUUUAAUUUUCCCCAUUUUAUUAAAUGUUUAUUUAUGUUUUAAAAAUUUAGCACAUAAUAAGCCAUUAAAAUUUGUAUCCAAAAGAUGGAACUUCAAUAGCCGAUUUUCGCACAAAUUAGGGGAAUCAAAAAGUAUAGACUUGGCAAAUGAUAUUAAAGAAAAUGACUUAAUUCCAAAUGUAAAAGUUAUGGUUGAUGCUGGGAACAUUGGAUAUGCUAACAGUUUUGGAGAAGAGGAAAAGAAUAGCCCUGAUGAUAAAUCCCCUUUCAAAUCGAUUGAUACCCAUGAACUAUUUAAAAGUAAAAGAAUUUUACUGAUAAGUUUGCCAGGCGCUUUUACGCCUCUAUGCACAUCAAAAAUGAUUCCAGAGUAUGAGAAAGAAUAUGAUAAUUUUAUUAGAGAAAACAAAUUUGAUGAUAUAUAUUGUAUAACUAAUAAUGAUAUAUAUGUAUUAAAAAGUUGGUUUAAAGAUAUGGGUAUAAAGAAGAUAAAAUAUAUAAGUGAUGGUAAUAGUUCAUUUACUGAAAGCAUGAAUAUGCUUGUAGAUAAAUCGAAUUAUUUUAUGGGAAUGAGACCAUGGAGAUAUGUUGCCAUAGUUGAAAAUAAUAUAUUAAUUAAAAUUUUUCAAGAAAAUGAGAAGCAGCAUAAUAUCCAAACAGAUCCAUAUGAUAUAUCAUCUGCUAAUCAUGUUAAAGAAUUUUUAAAGCAUAAUAAAAUUUGA